CAAUCGAACAGGGGCAGUUUAGCGCAAAAUCUUUAUUUCAUCGGUUUGGCUUGGGUAUCAGCAACAUUUGCUACUUCCCUUUAUAAUCUCGUUCCUGUGGUUACUUUUAUCUUCUCCGUUUUGUUCGGCUUGGAAAAGUUAAGCUUGCGAACUGCCUCAGGGAGGGUGAAGGUGUUGGGACCAAUAAUAGGAAUUGUUGGGUCAAUGGUGUUGACAUUUUACAGAGGGGCAGAAAUUAAGAUCUGGAGAUUCCACACUAGUCUCUUACAUAAAAAUCAAAAGGGGCACCUAGGAUCAUUGCACGUUGAUUCUGGAAGAAGAUGGGUAGGUGUUUUAUGUGGUCUUGGAAGUGUUCUAAGUUUUUCAUCAUGGCUCAUCAUUCAGACAAGGAUGAGCAAAGAAUAUCCAAGCCAUCUCUCAAGUACUGCAUUGAUGACCUUAAUGGGGGCAAUACAAGCCACAGUCUUUGCUCUAUGUGUUGAGAAGGAUUGGAGCCAAUGGAGGUUGGGUUGGAGUAUCAGGCUUCUAACUGCAGCUUUCUCUGGAAUUGUGCUAUCUGGAGUUGUUGUUAUUGUCACUGCUUGGUGUGUAGGGGUUAAAGGUCCAUUGUAUGCAUCUGUUUUCAACCCUCUCUCACUUGUCAUUGUGGCUAUUUUUGCUCCUUUGCUGUUGGAGGAAAACCUAUAUCUAGGAAGUGUCAUUGGAGCCGUGCUUAUUGUGUCUGGGUUGUACAUGGUGCUGUGGGGUAAAAGCAAAGAAAUAAAAACAUCAUCGGAAAAAACGAAACAUGUUGAAGCGCGUUCAGGUGUUGAAAUUACCAACACUGAUAUUAGUUACAUGGUUGACAAUGAGAGUAUCCCAGAACGGACAUGAAUAUGACAUCUAUUUAUAUACAGCUCUCGUCAUGGUGUCAGGUCCCAAAUCAUGCUAAGUAUAUGUGC